AUGUAUUCUCUUUAUGUUAACAACCAACAUGGUACGUUAGUUUAUCAAAAGCACUUCAGCGACGAAAUAAAACUAAACAGUAAUGAAGAAAUAAGACUUGCUUCCAUGCUGCAUGGCAUUUCCACAAUUUCUGAAAAGAUUAAUGUACAUUCAUCUCCAUUAAAUGAAACGAAGAAGAACAUAUUUAAAUCGUUAGAAAAAAAGGGUAUAGAAACGAUUGAAGGAGAUGGCUUUAAAAUAAAAUGCUACGACACAUUGACAGGAAUAAAAAUAUUUAUCGUGCAUAAAGAUGACAUAAAUAUAGAAGUGAACACAUAUUUAAAAAGGGUAUAUGAAUUGUAUAGCGAUAUCAUCCUGAAAAAUCCGUUUUAUGACAUUGAUAUGCCCAUACGUUCUGCAGUAUUUAACGAGCACAUCGAAAAACUCUUUUCCACCAUAAACUGA